AUGGAUCUUCACGAAGCACAAACCCGCCUCGUGGCCUCGCUCCACGAAGUCUCACAGGGCUUCCAAAAAGUCCCCGGCAGCGCCGUCCUGAUCCGCUACAUCCAGUCCAGCUACCAGAACGACCCAAUACGCUCUGCCAUUGAGCUUGUCCUGGUCAUUUUCUUCAUUCGAUACCUGCUCUCGCCCUCCUAUCCCACACACGGUCCUAACUAUGUCAAGUUGAAGGAGGAAGAGAUUGACGAGCUUGUAAACGAUUGGGAACCUGAACCUUUGGUCCCCAAUCAGACCCCGUUCGAGGAGCUCGAGUCUGAGAGACUACCCAUUAUUAUCGGACCGACUGGGCCAAAGUCAAAGUUAGCCAGCGGCAAGACCGUCACGAACCUCGCCUCGUACAACUUUUACAACUUCAACGCGAACGAACAGAUCAAGGACAAGGCCAUCCAGACCCUGCGCACAUAUGGAGUGGGACCCUGCGGUCCGCCGCAAUUCUAUGGUACUCAGGAUGUCCACAUGAAGACGGAAGCAGAUAUUGCCGCCUAUCUCGGCACCGAGGGCUGCAUCGUCUAUGCCCAGGCCUUCUCAACCAUCUCCAGCGUUAUCCCUUCUUUCUGCAAACGCGGAGAUGUCAUUGUUGCCGACAAGCAGGUCAACUACUCCAUACGCAAGGGUAUGGAAAUUUCUCGAAGUCAGGUCAAAUGGUUCAACCACAAUGACAUGGAGGACUUGGAAAGGGUCAUGAAGCAGGUUGUCCGCGAUCAGUCCAAAAAGAAACUCACGAGGAGGUUCAUUGUCACCGAAGGUCUAUUUGAAUUGGUUGGCGACAGUGCCAAUCUACCAAAACUGGUCGAGUUGAAAGAAAAAUACAAAUUUCGCAUCAUGCUGGAUGAGACCUGGUCCUUUGGUGUCCUGGGUCGCACUGGACGUGGUCUCACUGAAGCCCAAAACGUGGACUCCUCACAAAUCGAUAUGAUCGUCGGUUCCCUCGCUGGGCCUCUAUGUGCUGGUGGUGGUUUCUGUGCCGGGAACCCUGAUGUUGUAGCUCAUCAACGUAUCACCGCGGCUUCGUACACGUUCUCUGCCGCACUGCCAGCUAUGCUAGCCGUCACUGCCAGCGAAACACUCAACGUGUUGCAAUCAAAUCCAGAGAUCUUGACCCAAUGCCGGGAGAAUAUCAAAGCCAUGAGAGCGCAACUUGAUCCCCGCAGUGAUUGGGUCAGCUGCACCAGCUCACCAGAAAAUCCUAUUAUGCUCCUGGUUCUCAAGCCAGAUGUAGUUCGCACAAGAGGACUGACAUAUGAAGACCAGGAGCGCAUCUUGCAAGAUUGCGUUGAUGAGACUCUGAACAAUGGCGUUCUUAUUACUCGGCUCAAGAGUCUGCCAUCGGUGAAAGCUAUCGGUACACCAAAGGAUGAAACAUGGGCCAUUAAACCAGCAUUGAAAGUGUGCAUCACAUCUGGCUUGUCAAAAAAGGAAACAGAAAAGGCAGGUGUGACGAUACGGCAUGCUAUUACUAAGGUCAUGACCCGGAAGACCAACAGACAAUCGUCACUUGUGGCAUAA